AUGAGCACCACAUUUCUGCAGACUUCUUCCUCCACCUUUGGGGGUGGCUCGACCUGGGGGGGUUCCCUCAUGGCUGGGGGAGGAGGCUUUGGUGGGGGGAGUCUCUAUGGGGGAGGUGGAAGCCGCAGUAUCUCAGCUUCUUCUGCCAGGUUUGUCUCCUCGGGGUCAGCAGGGGGCUAUGGGGGCGGCUUCAGUGGAGGGGCUGGUAGUGGUUUGGGUGGAGGCUUUGGAGGUGGCCUUGGAGGUGGCCUUGGAGGUGGCUUUGGUGGUGGCUUUGGUGACUUCGGCGGUGGCGGCCUCCUCUCUGGCAACGAGAAGCUCACCAUGCAGAACCUCAACGAGCGCCUGGCCUCCUACCUGGAGAAGGUGCGCGCCCUGGAGGAGGCCAACGCUGACCUGGAGGUGAAGAUCCACGACUGGUACCAGAGGCAACGGCCCACUGAGAUCAAGGACUACAGCCCCUACUUCAAGACCAUAGAAGAACUCCGAGACAAGAUCCUGGCGGCCACCGUCGACAACUCCCGGGUUAUCCUGGAGAUUGACAACGCCAGGUUGGCUGCGGAUGACUUCAGACUCAAGUAUGAGAACGAGCUGGCCCUGCGCCAGAGCGUGGAGGCUGACAUCAACGGCCUGCGCCGGGUGCUGGACGAGCUGACCCUGGCAAAGACCGACCUGGAGCUGCAGACUGAGAGCCUGAACGAGGAGCUGGCCUACCUCCGGAAGAACCACGAGGAGGAGAUGAAGGAGUUCAGCAACCAGCUGGCCGGCCAGGUCAACGUAGAGAUGGACGCAGCACCGGGCGUGGACCUGACCCGCGUGCUGUUGGAGAUGAGGGAGCAGUACGAGGCCAUGGCGGAGAAGAACCGCCGGGAUGCCGAGGCCUGGUUCUUCAGCAAGACAGAGGAGCUGAAUGAGGAGGUGGCCUCCAACACAGAGAUGAUCCAGACCAGCAAGACGGAGAUCGUAGACCUGAGACGCACGAUGCAGGGGCUGGAGAUGGAGCUGCAGUCCCAGCUCAGCAUGAAAGCCGGGCUGGAGAGCACGCUGGCGGAGACCGAGUGCCGCUACGCCCUGCAGCUGCAGCAGAUCCAGGGCCUCAUCAGCAGCAUCGAGGCCCAGCUGAGCGAGCUCCGCAGUGAGAUGGAGUGCCAGAACCAGGAGUACAAGAUGCUGCUGGACAUCAAGGCGCGGCUGGAGCAGGAGAUCGCCACCUACCGCAGCCUGCUGGAGGGCCAGGACUCCAGGAUGGCUGGCAUUGGUACCAGAGAAGCCUCCCUGGGAGGUGGUGGCAGCGGCAAAGUCCGUAUCAACGUUGAGGAGUCAGUGGAUGGGAAGGUGGUUUCUUCUCGAAAGAGAGACAUCUAA